CAUAAACAAAAUUCUACCAUUACUACAUCUAUAUUUUUAUCGUUUUAUCCGUUAAAGUAAAACCUUACUCGUUACUUUUUUCUUUUAGUUGUAUUUAGUUUAUUACUGUUUAACAGUUUUUCCAAAUUACAAUCAAUUCAUUUUAAAUAUUGAGAAAAUAAAAAAAAAAAGUUUCAGUUAAUCGAUUCUAGUAAAUUGUGAUAAAAUAAUUGUGUGAAAAUUUAUUGAAGUUCUUAUACCUAGAACAAUCUACAGACUCUUAAGUGAAGAACGAAUGUACUUUAAUCCAUUGAAAAACAGGUGUUUUUUACAAAUAUAUUGUUGAUGCAAUUUAUUGUUAAGGCAAAAACUAAAAAAACAAUUAAAUUUAUUUGGAUUAACUUUUGUAAUGGAUAUAUUCGAUAAUAAAAUUGUGCCGAAAAAUAGUGUACGUUCAUCUUAGAGACAUUAAAAUAACAAAAAGCUAAAGAGAAUAAAAAUAUAUUUUGAAUACGUACCUAAGAUAAAUUGUAAAAGUAGGUGUUUGUGAGGAAUAAAGGGAGGAUAUGUCAUCAAUAUCAGCUCAAGGUGUUGUUGAGCGUGCUAGUGCUGAAUUAUCUAAGAGGAUCAACGGGUUAGCUCUUCGUUCAUCCAAGCAUGGAAGUGGCAAGACAAGCGUGAUGGAACGUGUGACAAAUGUUUUUUGUGGUGGUGGUGGUGGUGGAGGUGGGGGUGGUAUAGCUUAUAUGAGUAUCCAGAACACAAAUGCUAGUCAGACACCUGAGAAGCCAAGCAGAAGCAUUCCAAUGUCCAUUAAUAAUUCAGUUAAUGUUGCCAACAGCAAAGGUGUGAGUAGUUCUAGUACUGUUGUCAGAACAAAAAUAUCCCGAGGAAAGUUACGGAUCAAAAAUGUACCACUUGCUAAUUGCGGUACUCCUGACUACAUUCCACCAUUAUCUUGGGAACAAUUAAUGUUGGAUGAGAAUUUUUUAAGUCCGUUUUUUUUGUACUUCAACGUCAGUGAAAGGAGAAUUCUAGCUCAAGUUUGUACUCGUUGGCGAGAUGUGUUGUAUGCAAGACCACGAUUUUGGGCAGGACUGGUACCAGUAGUGAGAUGUCGUGAGAUCAGAGGAAUGGCUUCUGGAUCACGAACGAAACUUUAUGCAUCUCUUAUUCGACGAGGCUUUCAUUCGUUAGUCCUUCUGGGUGCUGCUGACGAAGACAUACCCGAAUUGACGCAUGGGUUCCCUAUGGCACAACGGCACAUUCAUUCGCUAUCAUUACGAUGCUGUGCUGUCACUGAUCGAGGUCUUGAAGCUCUUUUAGAUCAUCUUCAGGCUUUAUUUGAACUGGAAUUGGCUGGUUGCAAUGAGGUCACAGAAGCUGGACUAUGGGCGUGUCUUACACCAAAAAUAGUAUCAUUAUCUUUGUCUGAUUGCAUAAAUGUAGCAGACGAAGCUGUCGGUGCUGUCGCGCAAUUAUUACCGAGUCUAUAUGAAUUUUCACUUCAAGCUUAUCAUGUAACUGAUGCUGCACUUGGUUAUUUUAGCGCUAAACAAAGUAGUUCACUAAGUAUUCUUCGACUCCAAUCAUGCUGGGAGCUUACCAAUCAUGGGGUGGUUAAUAUUGUUCAUUCCUUACCAAAUCUCACGGUAUUAUCACUGUCAGGUUGCAGUAAAGUUACUGAUGAUGGUAUUGAACUUAUUGCUGAAAACUUACCACGCCUUCGUUGCCUAGAUCUAAGUUGGUGCUCAAGAAUAACUGACGCAGCACUAGAAUACAUCGCAUGUGACUUGAAUCAGCUGGAAGAACUUACU